GAGAAGGGACGGGGAGGAAGCAGGGUCGUGUUUCCGAAACAUGUAAAAAUGCAGAAAUUCAAAGGUCUGAUUGAGCAGCCGAGUUGAGAAAGAGCAGGAUGGGCUGCAGAGCGGUGAAGCAAAGAGAGCGUGUCACAAGCUAAGAAGAGGCAGAGCAGGGGAAGUCUGACCAAAGUGCUCGGCCUCUUCCUGCCUCACCAACGGCUCAGGAAGUCGAGGCUUAAACACAGGGGAGGGCCGACACACAGGAACACAUUUUCCCCUUUGCCUUGUAGUUUCUCCUUAUUCAGGCCUGCUCCGAUCAACAGGAGGAGGAAAGAAGGGGGCAAAGAGGAGGCGGGGUUUUCGAUGGAGCUGAGAGAGACGGAGCAGUCGAACAGUCAGUCGCCGGCAUUAUGAUGGAGGCCAGCGUCGUUCCCCAGGACGCAGGCCCUGUGACAGGACCACUUGACCCGCCCUCCCCCCUCCCUCCGCCCUCGCUGCCCUCCCACCCGCCGCCCCGGCCAUGUCGGCCCAAACCUCCACCUUCCGCAGUCAGGAACUCCCAUCUCCCCUCUCGACCUCCUCUGCCUCCAUCCACCCCUCCGUCCCUCCCUCCCCCUCUCCCUCCUGUCCACGCACCUCCUCCCCCAUCUUUGCCUCCCCCUCUCUCACCUUCCCCUGUCCCCACUCCUGCUCCUCCCCUGCUGUCCUCUGUCUCCUCUGAUCUGACGCCCACUUUCUCUCCUCCCCCUCUUCCUCCUCCUUUAUCUCCUACAUUCCCACCCCCCUCCUCUCCUUCCUCACCCCCUCCUCCCCCUGUGUUCCCACCAGCCUCACCGGCUCCUCCGGUGCUGAGCUCGGUGGACCAGCUGGUCGGGAGCACCUCCGUGUGGCGGCCCAAAGGACUCAGCCGAGAGCAAACCGCCAGGAUACUGGAGGAGGAGCCAGCCGGGGCGUUCCUGGUGCACAGCACAGAGGACGACGACGUCGCGACGCUAUCGGCACGGCUGCCCGACGAGCAGGGGGCGCCGCUCGUACGCGACAUGAAGAUCCAACAACACAAGACGUUCGUCCACUUGGAGGGCUCCUCUCUGGUCUUUGAUGACAUCUUCAAACUCAUCUCCUUCUACUUCCACAGCAGGGACAUCCUGGCCGUCCCGCUGAGGUUACCCACGGCCAUUACCACGGCAACUAAGAGAGAGGAGCUGGAGAGCAUUGCUGCUACGGGUGCAGAUUUCUGGACGUCUGACCUGAACCGGCGAGCUGAGAAUCAGGACCUGAUGUUGGAUCAGACCCACAUGUAUCUGUACGUGAACUCUGUUCCUGUGGAGGAGCGGCCCAAAGACACGAGCAAAGACCUGAGCCCCUCCUCCUCCACAUCCAAACACAACAUCAGCACCAAUCAGAGCAUUACCUCCUCCCUGCCCAACGGAGAAGCCUCGCAGAAGCCUAGCACACAGGUCAAAGGUCAAACCAAAACAAGUUUUGAGCUUAAAUACAAGCGCCCCCCACCCCGUCCCCCCAGCCUGGGCUCAGGGGCUGGGAUGGGCCUCCUCUUCUCCCCUCCUCCCCCCUCGCCUCAGCCGCUGUCUUCUGCAACUCCUGAAGCUGAGAGAAAAGAGGAAGGAAGGGGAGAAGUAGUGGAGAUAGAAGAGAGGAAGUCGGCUUUGACAUCACCUCCCCCGUCGAGGCCUCCCGUCCCCCCGCAGGGCCGAGCUGCUCCCCCUCUGCCUCCUGCUCCUCUCUGUCGCACCUCUCCCUCCAGAAAAAGCUCUGAGCGAGAGGCAGGAGAAGGGACAGAGAGAGAGAAGGGACAAAAUGCUGCGAAGAAAGCCGAGAGAGAGGAGGGAGGAGAGCAGGGGGAGAGAAGGAGAAGUAAAUCAGGUCUGCUGUUUGAGCAGGACAGCAAGGACCAGCACCAAGCGGCGUCGGAGAAGGAGGAGAAGGAGGGAGAAGGACAAGGCAAGGAGGAGGAGAAGGAGGACAAAGUGAGAGCCAGCCCACCGUGCCCCCCGCCGGGAAAGAAACCGUCCCGCCCAGUACCUCCACCGAGGAGGAAACCCACCUCACCCGACUCACCUGCGUCCCCCAACCAGCCCGGAGGAGCCAAUCAGAGCGCUUCAAUCAAAGUGCCCCUUCCAUCCCCAGCACGGCGGCCGGAUGUGUCGCUGUACUCGCCACAGGGGGGCGCUAUUCUGGCAACCCAGCCCGACUCCAGCUCCACCAGCAGCGCAGAAGAAGACAUAGAGCUGAACCAGGAACUGGAGCAAAACCACAGCCGCCUGGCAGAGAGUCGCAGCCCCAAAGCAGCCGUCAGACGAACCUCCACCACCGUGAUGUUGGACAGAGCCCGCUACCGUCUGUCCACCGUCCUCACCGGGCUCAUCAGCCAUGAGCGCCGCCUCACACAGCGCAUCGUGGAGCUCGCCAGGGACCCUUUCAGCUACUUUGGCAACCUGGUGAAGGAGCACCGCGCCUUCACCCUGGAGACGAUGUCGAGCCACUCGUCCUCCACAGAGAUGCUGCAGGAGAUCCGACAGAUGAUGACUCAGCUGAAGAGCUACCUGCUGCAGAGCACGGAGCUGCAGGCCAUGCUGGAGCCGCAGCACCAGUACACGCAGGACAAACUCGAGAGCAUUGUGGAAGCUGCUCUGUGUAAGAGCGUCCUGAAGCCCCUGAAGGAGUCCAUCUAUCAGAGGCUAGAGAAGCUGCACACGGGCAACGGCGGCCUCAAACAGCUGGCUCAGAACCAGUCUGUAGUCCUCGGCAGCACCACCACGGCGUUAGGAAUUACCACGGCUGUCCCCGAGGCCUCGUCUAUGGAGAAGAUCAGCAUCAAACUGAACAACCUCCAUCAGGAGUAUUCUCCUCAGAAGAAGAUCGAGCAGCUGUUGAAGGCCUGCAAGAUCAUCUACGACUCCAUGUCCAUCAGCUGUCCAGGGCGGGCCCACGGCGCUGAUGACUUCCUGCCUGUGAUGAUGUACGUCCUGGCCCGGUCCAACCUGUCCGCCCUGCAGCUGGAUGUAGAGUACAUGAUGGAGCUGAUGGACCCGUCGCUAACGCUGGGAGAAGGUUCCUAUUACCUGACCACCACCUACGGGGCGCUGGAGCACAUUAAGACAUUUGACCAGCAGAGGUCAGCGACGCGCCAGCUCAGCAGAGAGGUCCAGGACUCGAUCCACCGCUGGGAGAGACGGCGCACAUUCAACCAGGAGCGCACGUCUCAGGGAUCAAUACGGGACUUCCUGACGGUGUGCUGCCCCGAGAUCGGAGCCAACCCCAAAACUCUGGGCGUCCUCCCCAUGACCACCAUCCAGCAGCUCUCCGAGCAGUGCGCCGCACGCUUCGAACAAGACUCCUACACCCUCAGCGUGUACAUCGAUGGCAUCCAUCACCCCGUGGCCCAAACAGAGCUCGCCCUCAGCGUGAAGAGCGGCUGCCAGCCAGGAGCCUACUGCUUCGUCUAUCACCCCGCCGAUCAACCCGCCAACGCCCCGCCCCGCCGCACCUGUCCCCUUGACCCGCCGCCGGCUCCACCUGCAGAAUGCUUCAUCCCUGCAGACAUGGCGCCCGCUGACACUGAGGAGCCCAGGGUGGAGGAGGAGAGCCUGAUCAGCUUGUAGCUCCUCCCCCAUCAGCAGCAGCGGAGAUGCUGAGAGGAGGGAAACAAAAAUGAAGCGAUGCGUUUCCGCCUCAGGUGUCAUUCGAAGCCUGACGUGGACGAGAGCGCGCAGGACAACAGGAAGUUCAGCCAUGGCGAAACACGAGCAGCUCGACGAAACACAAGAAAACAAAGACAGACUGAGCUCACGGCGGGCAGGGGUCUGGAACCCCGCCCACUGCGGCAGGACUCACAUGUAAUGCUAACAUGCACAUAUAUGAUCAUGUUUGUACUGUUUAUGGCCUUUGGAUACACGAUGCUACUCUCUGCGACGAAUUUAACCGAAAGGCAAAGUCGACUUUUUGGAAACGAUGUGAAACAUUUUUGUGUUUCUGAAUAAUUUUCUCUAAGACCUGGAAUAGUAUGUAGUAAAAAUGAGAUAUUGUGAUUGGCUGAGUUAGGGGUGACUGUCUGAGGCCCGCUCGAUCCCUCUGUGGUUGGGUAAAGUCUGACGUCUCAUCCUCAAACAAAACCCAACCACACUUCCACAGGUCGUCUCACGCUGUCCGUGCUGUUAAUAAAGCGCCUGUUACAGAUGCUGUGUCCUCGUUUCAA